AUGUCUGUGGUGGCUUACAGGUGGGGUAUUGAUGCCGAGGGGAAUGUUGUGACAGAACCCAUCCCCGGCGAGGAAGUACAUAGUUUGUACAUGCGCCUCCUGUUCAAAAAGAAGACUACGGUCCCGGAUCUGUCAGAGCUAGUCUUCAUGAUAGGAAGGAGAAACUUCAUUUUGUGGAUACAGCAGCGAAUAGCGGAAAAGCGGCUCGCCCUCCAACGGUCUUUUCUUGGGUAUCCUGAUGCAGAAUGUUGCCGCCUUUCUGUCUGGAUUGAUCGCGUUCAGGAGAUUCCCUGGUACUAUGAGAUUGACCACAAGACAGAUGCCUUUUUCGAGAUGGUACACUUCUCGAAAGAAGUGAAGGAGAAGAGGGAUAGCAGAGAACAAUUCAUUUUUUGGUUUCUGAUUUGCGGCAUGCUCAUCAUGCUUUACCCCUUCAUCUGCCUAUUUUGUCGCUUGGACAAAGAGAAGCUUCAGCAGAUCCCAAGUGUCUCUCAGAGUGGUUCAGACCUGGAGCAGAGUUCUCCACCAAUGCAGCAAUCUACUGACAUCCUCAAAGGAUCUUUUUGGAAAUCAACGCUGCCAAGGCUGGGAAGCUGGAUCAGAAACAUUUCAUCACGCUUGAUAAUAUCUGAUGAUCAUCAGAAUGCCCCGGAUGCAGAGAAGCAAUCACCAAGGAUAUCGUCACACGAGAGUAGGCAUCUGGAUUCGAUUGUUCAAUCCUCGGAAUCUGAACCCCCUGCUGCCAGUGUAGACGACGAAACAUGGAGCACCACAGAAUACCUUGACGUUUUGCCGGACUGGCUCGUGCUGCUCUGGACAGUUCUCCCUGCCCUGAUUCUUUGUGGUUUUUUGCUCCCGUCUGCCGAUCCGCUUGAAAUGCUAAAUGCUUACAUUGAUUACUCGGUGGGUGCGCUUACGAAAAGGGGGCCCAACAGAGAAACCAUCAUGUCCAGCCCACAACAACAUCAAUUGCACACUAACGCUGUCCAUCAGCGAUGGGUUCAGGAGAGCAAUGAUAGUGCUCAGUCUCGCCAGCGGGCAUCACCGCAGCCACAGCCGCAACGUCGUCGCGGUAAUCGCCGUGCAAAUAGAGAACGACAGGCCCAGCAAAUCGCAGGGUCGUCUCUGGAAAUGGCAGAUCAAACUCCACCAUCUGAAAAUCGCACCGAUUCUACAGGGGGGCGUGCUAGCAAUCUAACGCUUUCCUUGGGGGGUGAUCUGUGCUUCAAUCGGGUUGCCAUCAAUGCUCAGAAACCACAGGAUGAGUGUCCCAUCUGCCUUCAUUGUUUUGAUGAAGACUUGGCUGACACAUAUUGUGCAGUGUUGAAUUGCAAACACGCCUAUUGUGUGCCUUGUCUCAAGAAGAUAGAGGCCCAUGCUGGGGUGGUUAAUUUUCCUUGUCCAACUUGUCGUGUUGCUCAGAAAACUGAUCUGUCUCAGCUGCAUUACCUACUAUAUCCUGUAGUGGUUGGUGAUCGUAUGAAUAUUCUUAAAGAGGUCUCCACCGAAGACAAGAUAGACAUGUUCAAGUCCCUUCUACAUGCCAACAGUUAUCAAAAAGGCAAGGUGGAUGAGGCAUUGGAGGACAUGCUGGUUGGCAGUGUUGUCCCCUUACUGCCUCCUUCAGCCAUGGAGAAUGGCAAAGAUUUCUCUCCUGAGGAGAAGCAAGCAAUCUACAUGGAAACUCGGCGACCCAUACAGAAGAUUCGGCAUGAACUCGCACAAGCCCGCAAGAGACUGCAAAAGGCUCAAAAUGCUGACAUGUAUACCCAGACAAAGCAAGAAGUGGAGGAUCUCAAGAAACGUCUGAUUGAGGCAACCAAGAAUGCGCGGGAGGAUGCCUACAACCAAAUCAAUAGUCGAGGAAACAUGGGGAUAAUCGAUGAUCGCAACUUGAAGAUCGAUUUUCAUACUCUGCACCGGGAUGAUUCAGUGCAGAAGUUGAAAGAGCUAGUGGUCCCAAUGCUUCCAGCACUGGGAGAAAUCAACAUUAUCACUGGCUGGGGCAAGCAUAGCAGCACAGGAGUGGGUGUGCUACAGCAGGCUUUGAAAGAUCACAUUGACAAAAAGCACAGCGACAGCAUGAGAUGGGAACCCUACAGUAUGACUGCAACCAAGGAAUCCUCCGAGUGGUUUACACCAAAGCCGUAA